GCCCGAACUUGGCCAGAGGCCGGCCAACCUCGCAGUCCUCCACCUACACACACACGGAUGGAAACGGGAUGUCCAGUUAUGCUGUGGAUGGAAACUGUGAUGGGCGAUGGAUCUCCCGGUCCUGCACCCAUACCAACCAUGAGCGCAACGCCUGGUGGUCAGUCGACCUGGGCAGAGACUGCAUCUCUGCCGUGGUGGUGAAAAACCGGGAGGACUGCUGUGGAGACAGGAUCCAGGGGGCCACGGUCCACGUGGGAGGCCAUGUGGGAGACUUUGGCAAAAGUAGCUUCAUCUGUGGGACCAUCACAGACCUCCAGAAAGGAUCCCUCACCACUGUGCUCUGCAACGCUGCCUGGGGGCGCUACGUCACCAUCGCCAUCAUCGGCCGUGAAACCAUCCUGUCUCUAGGUGAAGUGGAAGUCACGGCACUAAAUAUCCACACGUCGCUUAAGUGA